AGCCCGGAGUCAGUGUGUGUAAUCCAGCCCAGGCCCUGGAGUGUGUGUCGUCGUGUCCUAUGGAGCUGAAAUGUCAACCAGCAGUUUGUAGGCCUCGCUGCACAGGGACACAGGGAGCACAGUAGAGUCCAGAUCCACAGACGGGGGGUCGGGACAUCUUUGGGGGGGGGGAUUAGAUGUCCUUUGUUUAAUUAGAGCAGACGUAGACACUUCUCACCUACCUCUGCGUGUUUUUUGUGUUUUUUUUUUUUAAAUCCCGGUGACCAUGUCGACCCUCCUGCGCUGCGUCUCCUUGUCUUCUACCGCUCUGAUCCAGCGAGGCGCCUGUCAGAGGACGCCUGGACGGAGACACUUCAGGACCUUCCCUGUGUUAUGGGACCAACAGGCCUCCAAAGGUGUGCCCUAUAAGGACCUGGUGGUGGGGGUUCCUAAGGAGACGUUUCAGAGUGAGCGUCGCGUGGCGUUGUCCCCCGCAGGCGUGCAGGCGCUGGUCAAACAGGGCUUCCAAGUCCAGGUGGAAAGUGGAGCCGGAGAUGAGUCCAAGUUCUCAGAUCAGCUGUACAGAGACGCUGGAGCCACCAUCACUGAUGUCCAGGGGGCUCUGGGGUCAGACCUGGUCCUCAAGGUGCGAGCCCCCAGUCUGACUGAAGCAGACCUUCUGAAGCCCAGCUCCACCCUGGUCAGUUUCAUCUAUCCGGCCCAGAACGCAGAGCUGAUGAACAAGCUGUCGGAGCGUCAGACCACCGUGCUGGCCAUGGACCAGGUCCCCAGGGUCACCAUCGCCCAGGGCUACGAUGCCCUCAGCUCCAUGGCCAACAUCGCUGGGUACAAGGCUGUGGUUCUGGCUUCGAACCACUUCGGCCGCUUCUUCACUGGUCAGAUCACAGCGGCAGGAAAAGUCCCUCCAGCGAAGGUGCUGGUUAUUGGAGGUGGAGUCGCUGGUUUAGCAGCAGCAGGAGCUGCCAAGUCCAUGGGAGCCAUAGUCCGAGGAUUUGACACCAGACCUGCGGCCCUGGAGCAGUUCAAGUCCUUUGGAGCAGAACCCCUGGAGGUGGAGGUGAAAGAGUCCGGGGAGGGGGUCGGAGGGUACGCCAAAGAGAUGUCCAAGGAGUUCAUCGAAGCCGAGAUGGCCCUGUUUGCCAAGCAGUGCAAAGAGGUGGACAUCAUCAUCAGCACCGCUCUGAUCCCAGGAAAACGAGCACCGAUUCUCAUCAAGACGGAAUUUGUGGAGUCGAUGAAAGACGGGUCGGUCGUUGUGGAUCUUGCUGCAGAGGCAGGAGGAAACAUUGAGACCACCAGACCUGGAGAGCUGUACACUCACCAGGGGGUCACCCACAUCGGCUACACUGACCUGCCCAGCCGCAUGGCCACCCAAGCCAGCACCCUGUACUCCAACAACAUCCUGAAGCUCCUGAAGGCCAUCAGCCCAGACAAGGAGUACUUCCACUACGAGCCCACAGACGACUUCGACUACGGAACCAUGGACCACGUCAUCAGAGGGACUCUGGUUAUGAAGGACGGCAAGAACAUGUUCCCGCCUCCGCUCCCUAAAACGACCCCCCCGCCCCCCGUCAAACAGAAAUCAGUUGCAGAGCUGGAUGCUGAGAAAGCUGCUACGAUCUCCCCCUUUAGACGCACCAUGACCUCUGCUGGCGUCUACACCACAGGUCUGUCCACAUGUUUGGCUCUGGGCAUCAUCUCUCCCAAUGCCGCCUUCACUCAGAUGGUGACCACCUUCGGCCUGGCUGGCAUCGUUGGAUACCACACAGUGUGGGGGGUGACCCCGGCUCUGCACUCCCCCCUCAUGUCUGUGACCAACGCCAUCUCAGGACUGACAGCAGUAGGAGGUCUGGUGCUGAUGGGUGGGGGUCUCACACCCUCCAGUCUGCCCGAAAGCCUGGCUUUAGCUGCUGCCUUCAUUUCCUCCAUCAACAUCGCUGGUGGGUUCCUGAUCACACAGAGGAUGCUGGACAUGUUCAAGCGGCCAACUGACCCCCCUGAGUACAACUACCUGUACCUCCUACCUGGGGGUGCAUUUGUGGGGGGGUACGGAGCAUCGGUGGCAGCUGGAUACAACAUCGAACAGAUGAUGUACUUGGGCUCUGGUUUGUGCUGCGUCGGGGCGUUAGCGGGCCUCUCUGCUCAGGGCACCAGUCGCCUGGGGAACGCCUUGGGCAUGAUGGGAGUGGCAGGUGGCAUCGCUGCCACCCUCGGUGCCCUUAAACCCUCUCCAGAGCUGCUGUCACAGAUGUCUCUGGCCAUGGCCACUGGUGGAACCCUGGGUCUGACUAUUGCCAAGCGCAUUGAAAUCUCAGACCUGCCGCAGCUCGUGGCGGCCUUCCACAGCCUGGUGGGUCUGGCGGCGGUCCUCACCUGUGUUGCAGAGUUCAUGAUCGAAUACCCACACCUGGAAACUCACCCGGCCGCCGGCGUCAUCAAGACCGUGGCUUAUCUGGGAACCUACAUCGGAGGCGUCACCUUCAGUGGUUCACUGGUGGCCUACGGAAAACUGCAAGGCCUCCUAGACUCCGCCCCUCUGUUGUUGCCGGGACGCCACAUGUUGAAUGCCGGGCUGAUGGCGGCGUCCAUGGGAGGGAUGGUGCCCUUCAUGCUCAGCUCCAGCUACGGCACUGGCAUGGGGUGUCUGCUGGGGGUGUCCGGAUUGUCCACCGUCAUGGGUGUGACACUGACAGCAGCCAUCGGUGGCGCCGACAUGCCUGUGGUCAUCACUGUGUUGAACAGCUACUCUGGGUGGGCGCUGUGUGCUGAAGGCUUCCUGUUGGACAACAACCUCAUGACCAUUGUCGGAGCUUUGAUCGGCUCCUCUGGUGCCAUCCUCUCCUACAUCAUGUGUGUGGCAAUGAAUCGCUCCCUUCCCAAUGUGAUCCUGGGGGGUUACGGCACCACGUCUACAGCUGGAGGAAAGCCCAUGGAGAUUGUGGGGACUCACACCGAGGUCAACGUGGACCAGACCAUCGACAUCAUCAAAGAGGCCAACAGCAUCAUCAUCACACCAGGUUGGGGUCUGUGUGCAGCCAAGGCCCAGUAUCCAAUCGCAGACAUGGUGAAGAUGCUCAGGGAGCAGGGCAAGACUGUCCGGUUUGGGAUCCACCCGGUGGCCGGUCGGAUGCCGGGGCAGCUCAAUGUCCUCCUGGCUGAAGCUGGCGUUCCCUAUGAUGUGGUUUUGGAGAUGGAUGAGAUCAAUGAGGACUUCCCAGAGACAGACCUGACAUUAGUCAUCGGUGCCAAUGAUACCGUGAAUUCUGCUGCACAAGAGGAUCCCAACUCCAUAAUUGCUGGCAUGCCGGUCCUGGAAGUGUGGAAGUCGAAGCAGGUGAUUGUGAUGAAGCGUACCCUCGGUGUUGGCUACGCCGCCGUAGACAACCCCAUUUUCUACAAACCCAACACAUCUAUGUUACUGGGAGACGCCAAGAAGACGUGUGACGGCCUGCAAGCCAAGAUUAGAGAAGCCUUCUAUUAG